CAGGCAUGCAUCCCAUCCACAAGCUCUCCCUCACUCCCCACGGCACCUGAACCCCCACAGCAAGGGUUUGACCUCAAUUCACCCAGAGGACAUCAAUGGAUGUAAAGUUGUAGACGGAUUUACAACAUGGCCACUCCUCUCAAAUCCCUCUCGGCCCUACUCGCGCAGACCUCCCUUGACGACCACGAUGAAAUCCUAAAGGCUGCCAACGCUUCGAUCAAAAGGUCAAAAACAGACAUUGAUGCACAUCAUGCUAAGGCAAUCGCGCUGCUACACUUAGAUCGAUUCGAGGAUGCCGAGAAGGUCUUUGUGGAUGUGCCGGAACUGCAAGACAAGGCACGGUUCGAAUAUGCAUAUGCGCUCUACAAGGCAGGCAAUGCUGCAAAGGCGGUCAAGGUCGCAGCGGCAGGGGAGUCUAGCACACCUAUGAAACACGUUCUGGCACAGGCUGCUUAUCGAUCAGAAAACUUCGAGCAGGCCGUGGAAGUAUAUAAGGAGUUAGCCCUGAAACCUGGCAACGAAUAUCAAGACAUCAAAAUCAACUCUGGAGCAGUAGAUGCACAACUAGAAUGGACUGGCCAAGGAGAGUUGGCGCAAAAGAAGAGACCGGAGCGCGAGGAUCUGGAAGUAUUCGAGACUGCGUUCAAUGCUGCCUGUGGGAGCAUAUCAAGAGGCGAAUUGGCACAAGGAGAGAUCUGCUUGAAAAGAGCAAAAGACCUGUGCAAUGAUCUUUCUGAUCUGUCUGAGGCGGAAAAGCAGGCUGAGCUCUGGCCUAUUAUUGUACAACAGAUUUACGUCUUGACGCAACUGGGCCGGGUGGACGAAGCCGAACAAUUGGCAACGACGAUACCAUUUGCGGAGAUCAAAGAGCUAUCUACUCGCUAUAUCGCCCAGGUUAACAGCAUUGCAGCAUCGAAGGAGCAUUCUAACCCAUACUUGUCUCACCGUUUAUUCCAUUCUUCACCAACACCAUCCAGAACCGACCAAUUUUUCUCUUUCCAAUCCAAUCUCCUCCGACAGGAUGAGUACGUGAUGGAUAUCCUGGUCCAGAAGGUUGCUGGUGUGGUCUCAUCGACUUCGAAAGUAAUUUCUGCUGCUCCUGCGCCAACCCUGUCGCCAGCUGUCAACAUGGCCGCAGUCUUGAAUGCCGCUGCCCACGCAAGGAAUAUUUCCGAGAAAGCAGCGUUGAAGAGAAUUCUUCCACUCCUGGAGAAGAGGCCUAAUGACGUCGGAUUAUUGCUAACGAUCACUAACCUGUACGUCCUGACCAACAACCUCGCGGCCGCCACGCAUCUUCUGGAAUCCUUCUUCAAGCGCCUCGAGCAAUCUGGCAGCGCAUCAGACCUCGACGUGCGACACGCACCGGGCCUCGUCGCCACUCUCGUCUCCCUCUACGCCAAACAGGGCCGCCACACACAUUCCAAGUCUGAGCUAGCGAAGGCUGCAACCUAUUGGCGACACAAGUCGAAAUCGCCCUCAAAAUCAUUGCUCAUCGCCGCGGGGACCGCCCUGCUCGACACCCACAAUCAAGAUUCUCUCGUGCAAGCUGGCGAGAUAUUCUCCAAGCUCUAUGAGCAGGAUGAAUCAGACAGGGCUGCCAUUGCGGGCCUUAUCGCUGCUUACGCCACCUCUGACCCUUCGAAGAUCCCUUCAGACUUGACAUCGCAACUGCCCCAGGUUGAACGUCUCGUUUCCGAUGUCGACGCUGCGGCGCUCGAAGAUGCAGGCGUACCCACCUUGGCUCCCACGGCAGCACAACCUCCAAGCUCAAGGAAAAGGCCCGCGGCCGAGACAUCGAAGUCCGGCAAAGCGAAGAAGAUUCGAAAGAAGCUUUUGCCGAAAGACUACGACGCGAACAAGAAGGUCGACUCCGAGCGCUGGCUGCCAUUGCGAGACCGCACGUACUAUAAGCCCAAGGGCAAGAAGGGCAAGAAGAAGAUGGAGGGCCUGACUCAAGGAGGACCGGUUGUUGAAGAAAAGGCCGCGGAUGGCAAGCAAGCAUCUGGUGGUGGUGGUGGUGCAAAGAAAGGAGGCGGCAAGAAGAAGGGCAAGGGCGGUAAAUGGUAGUAAUGGAUUAGGAGAAGUCAAUGAAUGGUGAUAAUCAUGUAUUUUGACUGACGGAACGGACCUUUUAUGGCGUACACACUUGCCCAGCUAGACUUUUAUAGUUGGCCAUCGGCUAAUUGAUGGAGAUAAAGCUCUUUAGAGGCUUAUACGUCGUCUUCUCUUGGGUGCCUAUAUUUGGAUGGCGGAUCAUGUUAUGAUGAGAACCUUCGCACCCCACACUUUCGGUCCAUAAGUAGUGUGAUUGUUGGUCAUAUCCCCAGCCAGUAAGGAUAGAUGAACAAAGUCAAUUCGUC